AACCUUCUCAGUCAGCUCAACGUUCUUUCUUUCCUUGCACACCAACGUGAUCCUCCUAUGUAGACUCCACUCACUGCUUGGUAACAAGUGCCGGCUUGUUUCUCUCCGGACUAGAUCAAAUGUUGCUUGAACCAAUCGGCAUAUACAGGUCACCGACGUGAGUACGUCGUGAGUACUUAUUCCAGCUCCUGACGUUUUUCCUCCCACAAAUCUCAUACCAGAACUCACUAUGGCUCCUUCUCAGUAUACACGCUAUGUUCUGAAUGAGAGACCGGGAACAGGUCCUAUCAAAGCCAACACCUUUCGCAAAGAGGUGCUCCCACUUGACUUGAAGCCUGGCAAGGGCGAAGUGCUUGUACAGGUUCUCUAUGUCUCGCUUGACCCUGCCAAUCGGGGGUGGUUGGAUGAUAAGAGGAGUUAUCUCGAACCUGUGAAGAUUGGUGAGACUAUGAAGGCGGGUGCGCUUGCCAAGGUUGUGCAGGUGGGAGAGGGUGUCAAGUUUGUACCGGGGGAUCUUGUUAGUGGAAUGCUUGGCUGGUCGGAGUGGAUGGUAGUACCCGCGAAGGGUCUUCAGAAGAUCGUCAUUCCCCCAGGUGCUGAGCUUAUUGACUUCUUGGGUGUACUUGGAAUAAAUGGCCUCACUGCGUACUUUGGUCUCUUCCAUGUGGGCCAAAUUAAAGCAGGUGAGACUCUAGUAGUCUCAGCGGCUGCUGGCGCGACUGGCUCCAUCGUCUGUCAACUAGGCAAGUUAGUCGGCGCGAAGGUCGUUGCCCUUGCUGGUUCCCCGGACAAGUGCGAAUGGCUGAAGAACGAGCUUGGAGUCGACAAGGCUUUGAACUACAAGAGUCCCACGUUCCGAGAUGACUUCAAGAAAGCUGUUGGGUACUUUGACGUCUACUUUGAUAACGUUGGUGGCUCGAUCCUGGAUUUGGCUCUGACGCGGAUGAAGAAACACACUAGGAUCGUUUUCUGUGGAGCGAUCGCGGAUUAUAAUGCGCUACCUAAGGGCCUCACGAACUACAUGAACUUGAUCGCACAAAGCGCAAAACUGGAAGGUUUCAUUGUGUUUGACUAUGCCGCGCAGUAUCCGUCAGCUCUCAAAGAACUUUCACAAUGGCUUGCAGAAGGCAAAAUCAAACGUAAGACCCACCUGGUUGAAGGGUUGGAUAAUGCCUCAGAAGCCCUAAAGCUGCUCUUCGUCGGCGGAAACACUGGCAAAUUGGUUGUCAAGGUUGCAGAUGUUACCCAGUCAAGAUUGUAAAGUAGUAGAGUUGCAAGCACCUGCUCGAAUGUAUGAUGAUGACACUAGUUCUGCGCUUCGAAUGUAUUCCUGGGAUGUUUCACGUCCCGUC